AACAAUGGCGAUGGUAUCCGAAUUCCUCAAACAGGCCUGGUUUAUUGACAAUGAAGAGCAGGAAUAUGUUAAAACUGUGAAAGGAUCCAAAGGUGGGCCGGGAUCAGCAGUGUACCCCUACCCAAGCUUCAAUCCAUCCUCAGAUGUUGAAGCCUUGCACAAAGCAAUAACAGUUAAAGGUGUGGAUGAAGCUACCAUCAUUGAUAUUUUAACUAAGAGGAACAAUGCACAACGCCAACAAAUCAAAGCAGCUUACCUCCAGGAAAAAGGAAAGCCCCUGGAUGAAGCUCUGAAGAAAGCCCUCACAGGCAACCUUGAAGUAGUUGCUUUGGCUUUAUUGAAGACUCCAGCCCAGUUUGAUGCUGAUGAGCUCCGCGGAGCCAUGAAGGGCCUUGGUACUGAUGAGGACACUUUGACUGAAAUUCUGGUAUCAAGAACUAACAAAGAAAUCAGAGAAAUUAACAGAGUGUACCAAGAAGAAUUGAAGAGAGAUCUGGCUAAAGACAUCACCUCAGACACAUCUGGAGAUUAUCGGAAUGCUUUGCUUUCUCUUGCUAAGGGUGACCGAUCUGAGAAUUUUAGUGUGAAUGAAGACUUGGCUGACACAGAUGCCAGAGCCUUAUACGAAGCAGGAGAAAAAAGAAAGGGGACAGAUGUGAAUGUAUUCAAUACCAUUCUGACCACAAGAAGUUAUCCUCAUCUUCGUAGAGUGUUCCAGAAAUACACCAAAUACAGUCAGCAUGACAUGAACAAAGUUCUGGACCUGGAGCUGAAAGGUGACAUCGAGAAGUGCCUCACAGCUAUUGCGAAGUGCGCCACAAGCAAACCAGCUUUCUUUGCUGAGAAGCUCCAUCAGGCCAUGAAGGGUGCUGGAACCCGCGAUAAGACAUUGAUCAGGAUUAUGGUUUCCCGUUCUGAAAUUGACAUGAAUGAUAUCAAAGUAUUCUAUCAGAAGAUGUAUGGUAUCUCUCUUUGCCAGGCCAUCUUGGAUGAAACCAAGGGAGAUUAUGAGAAAAUCCUGGUGGCUCUCUGUGGAGGAAACUAAUCAUUCCUUUGAUGUGCUCAACCAGAAGACUUUUUAAUACAAUCUUUUCAUUCUCUAUAAUAAGUUUAACUAGAAAAGUUUCUUCAGCAGGAUUACAGUCUAGCUUCCUGUCUUCUUAAAAAAACACACACUAUAAACUAUAGAGCAUUUUUAUACCAAAACUCUGUAUAAUAGAGCUAAGAUUUUUUAAAAAUAUGUUUUUCUCAAAACUAUAAAGCCCUGUAAACAAACUAUUCAGUAA